CGAACUUAUACGAAGCAACCGUAAAUUGAAAUAACCCAUCAAGCAGUGAACAAGCAAAAGCUAACGGCAGAACACGGCCGAAGAAAAGUGAAUUCCAUGCAAAACUUAAAGGAAAUACAAGUGAAGUGUUAUCGGCACGCCAAAACAAAGGCAAAGAGCUAAAAGAGAAUAAACUCAAUAAAGAACUGCAACAAACCGAAGACAAAAACCUACACCUGAAACAACAAUAGCAACUCACCACACACAACUCACCACACACGCUAAACCAAUUCACCAGCUCGCGUUGAUAAACGCGUCAAAAUUUCGUUCAGUACAAGUUUAAAUCCGUGCGGGGCGUGCAACCAGAGCGAGGACAUCAUCAUGCUGUUAUCCUACAGAUACAUCUACACAUUUCUAAUGACCACAAUGGCCAGCAUUAUGGUUGUGCUCAGUUCGGCCCCGCACAUGCAGCUACCCGUACGGAAAUGCAGUGGACCCGGACACAACAUGGCAUUGAAUCUGGCCACCUAUGGUCUGCUGGAGAAUCGUAUUACCACACUGGAUGCACCGCAACAGACGCACUGGACCAAGAAGUUUCUGGCCAAACGCGAAGCGAAUCCACACUCGGCGCCGUACGUGGUCAGCAUACAGAUGAUGACUCCAGACCAGGGCUUGGUGCACUAUUGCGCCGGUACCAUCAUCAACGAACAUUGGAUACUGACAGCAGCCCAUUGUCUCAGCUCACCCCAGGCCGUGGCCAGUUCAGUGAUUGUGGCCGGCAGUCAUGACAUCCACAAUCGCCGUGGCGAGGCGGGCAGCGUGCAGCUGCGCAACAUCGACUACUAUGUGAGACAUGAGCUCUAUCUGGGCGGCGUCAAUCCCUAUGAUAUUGCGCUCAUCUACACCAAGAAGCCGCUCAUAUUCGACGAGUAUGUGCAGGCAGCAACGCUUCCAGAGCAAGACGCCAGGCCGGAAGGCUACGGCACGCUGUACGGCUGGGGCAACGUUUCGAUGACCGCCGUGCCCGACUAUCCGCACAAGCUGCAAAUGGCGAACAUGCCCAUAUUGGAUAUGCAGCUAUGCGAGGAUAUUCUUGCACGUUCCGGGCUCGAGCUGCACGAGACAAAUCUGUGCACCGGCCCACUGACUGGUGGCGUUAGUAUUUGCACCGCCGACUCUGGCGGUCCACUCAUCCAGGAAUGCUGUGAGCCUCAUGUGGAGCAGAGCAACGUUAUCAUUGGCAUCGUCUCCUGGGGUCGAUUGCCCUGCGGCCAGAAGAAUGCGCCCUCUGUCUUUGUGCGCGUCUCGGCGUUUACAGAUUGGAUCAAUCAGAUUAUCACCUCAGCCACCCAGUUCAUGUAGUUACAUCAAUCAACGCAGACACUUGAUCGCAGCUCGAAUGUUAAAAAAAAAAUCUAAAAACAUAUCAAAAAUACCUCAAAAUGAUUUUGAAAAAAAAAAACCUAGUAGCUAAUCUCAGUAGUCAAAUAAGUCUAAAAAAACCUUACAUAUAUACUGCCCGUAAUCUAAGCCAUAUUAGACUAAGUCGCAAAAAAUGUUCGUAAUAAAAA